AUGGCAUCAUCGCAGUAUAAUUUUAAGAAAAUAGUUACAAUUCCUACAGCUCAAGAUUUCAUUGAUAUUAUCCUUUCGAAAACUCAACGUAAAACACCAACUGUUGUUCAUAAACAAUAUAAAAUCGCUCGAAUUCGUAAUUUUUAUUUACGAAAAAUAAAAUUUACUCAACAAAGUUUUCAUGAUAAACUUCAACUUAUUCUUACUGAAUUUCCUAAACUUGAAGAAGUUCAUCCAUUUUAUGCUGAUUUAAUGAAUGUUUUAUAUGACAAAAAUCAUUAUAAAUUAGCUCUUGGUCAAUUAAAUAUUGCUAAAAAUUUAAUUGAUAAUGUGGCAAAAGAUUAUGGACGAAUGAUGAAAUUUGCUGAUUCACUCUAUCGAUGUAAAUGUUUAAAACGAGCAGCAUUAGGAAGAAUGGCAACAAUUAUUAAACGUCAAUCACAAAGUUUACAAUAUCUUGAACAAGUUCGUCAACAUUUAUCACGUUUACCAUCUAUUGAUCCAAAUACACGUACACUUUUAAUAUGUGGUUAUCCAAAUGUUGGUAAAUCAAGUUUUUUAAAUAAAAUAACACGUGCUGAUGUUGAAGUACAACCGUAUGCAUUUACAACAAAAUCACUUUAUGUUGGUCAUACGGAUUAUAAAUAUUUACGUUGGCAAGUUGUUGAUACACCUGGUAUUCUUGAUCAUUCAUUAGAGGAUCGAAAUACAAUUGAAAUGCAAGCUAUUACUGCAUUAGCACAUCUUCGUGCAGCUAUUCUUUAUGUUAUGGAUAUUUCAGAAACAUGUGGUUAUACACUUGAAGAACAACUCAAUUUAUUUAACAAUAUCAAAGUAUUAUUUACAAAUAAACCAUUAUUAAUUGUUCUUAAUAAAAUCGAUAUUAAACGACUUGAUGAAUUAUCUGAAGAGAAAAAAGCUGUAUUCGAACAAUUUCGUAAAGAUGAUAUUCGAAUUAUAGAAAUGAGUACAUUUUCAGAAGAAGGUGUUAUCGAAGUUCGAAAUGAAGCUUGCGAUCGUUUAUUAGCACAUCGUGUUGAUAUCAAAUUAAAAAGUCGUAAAGUAAAUGAUGUACUUAAUCGUUUACAUGUAGCACAACCACAAAAACGUGAUGAACGUAUACGUGCACCAUAUAUACCUGAAGGUGUUAUUCAACGUUUAGAAUCAAUGCAAGUAGCUAAUAAUGAUCAAUCUGAACCAAGAAAAAAGAAAACUGAACGUGAUUUAGAAAUUGAAUUAGAAGAAGAUUAUCAUUUAGAUUUACGUAAAACAUGGUCAUUAGAAAAUAAUGAUGAAUGUUAUGAUGUUUUACCUGAAAUUUAUCGUAAUAAAAAUGUUGCCGAUUUUAUUGAUCCAGAUAUAAUGACAAAAUUAGAAGAAUUAGAACGUGAAGAAGAAGCACGUGAUGAAGCUGGAUUUUAUGAUAUUGAUGAAAGUGAAGAUGAUGAAGAAACAACAGCUAUAAGAAAAUUAGCUAAAAAAAUUCGUUAUAAACGUCAAGUUAUUAUUGGUGAAGCACGAUCAAAAAAACAAGCUCGAAGAACACCAUCUGUACCAAGACCAAAACGUACUGUUGCUCGUGAACAUUUAGAAAAUACAAUGGAUGAAUUAGGAAUUGAUAUGGAUAAUAAAGAAGAUUCACAUUAUGUUGCUAAAAUGCAUGAAACACGUAGCCGUUCAUUGAAUCGACCUGAAGUAAAACGUAAACGUGAAGAUUCGGAAGGUAAUGUACGUAGUAGUUCAAAAGUACCUCGUGAUCAAUCUGGUGUACGGGAUGUAACAAUGGCUAAGAAAGCAAGAAAAAUCAAUAAAGUUAGUCAACGUAAAAUGAAUUUGGGUGCUAAAACUGGAGAAUCUGAUAGAAGAAUAUUUGUUAAAAAACCCAAACAUUUAUUUUCCGGCAAACGAUCAACUGGCAAAACAGAUCGACGAUAG